AUGUCCAAACAAUGUCAAUUGACAAGCAAAGUUCAUUUUCAUAAGGGACAGCAGCACAAGCGGACACACACGGGCGAGAAGCCAUACAAGUGUGAUGUCUGCCAUGCAGAGUUCAACCUGAUUGGGCACCUACAGCAGCACAAGCGGACACACACGGGCGAGAAGCCAUACACGUGCGAUGUCUGCCCUGCGGAGUUCAGUCAGGGAGGGCACCUACAGCAGCACAUGUCGAUACACACGGGCGAGGAGCCAUACAAGUGUCAUCUCUGCCACGCAGAGUUCAGACAGAACGGAACCUUGUCACGUCACAAGCGAACACACACGGAGCAGGAACGCACAAAGUUAGAGAAGCCGCUGCUAGAGCUAGUUCAGCCAGAGCAUGAACCUGUGACCUAA